GGAAGCAGCUGCUACCGUUAGCCGAAAGCAGAGAGAAGCUGCUAAUACCGUUAGGCCUUAGCCGAAAGCAGAGAGAAGCGGCUGCUACCGUUAGCCGAAAGCAGAGAGAAGCUGCUGCUGCCGUUAGCCGAAGGCUAGAGAAUCGGCAGCCGCAACUUGAAAGGAGGAAGCAUUCCUAUUCGGGAAGGUUAGCCGAAAGCAGAGAGAAGCUGCUGCUACCGUUAGCCGAAGGCUAGAGAAUCGGCAGCCGCAACUUGAAAGGAGGAAGCAUUCCUAUUCGGGAAGGUGGAAGUGGAGGUGGAGUGGUGGGAGAGAAAAGGCGUGAGAAACGGAUCUGAUUGGUGGGGAGGAGCCGACCAUCUGCUGCGCGCCAAAUGGUGCAAGUUUACGGAGAGCCACUGCAGCGACGCCAUUAUGCGGGCUACUUCUCCGCAGCUUUCUGCUAUCGACUCACUAGCCGCCUGUUUAACAUCUUCCUCACGUUCGUCAUCGCCUACUCCACAGAAUCUCUUUGGGUGAAGGUUGCCAGAUAUCAGGAGCAGCCAGUUGUCAGAUUUGCUCAUGAAGGCCUUCUGUUGUUGGAAGGUGAUGGUCCUGGGAGGGAGAGGGUGUGGAGCACUUUUUCGGUAUUUAACAGUGCUUUCGUAAACAGGGUGGCUGCCGUACAGAUUCAUGCUUACGAGAAUGAUGUCAAUUAUGACGGAAAGGUCGACCACUUUGAUAUAUCAAUAAGAGCUUCUGGUGUCGGAAGAGUUCAUGGUGUGAAGCUGUUGCUCGCAUUCGAGUACUGAGCGGUAACUGGGGUGGUGGAGGGAGUAACGGUGGAGGGAACGGGGGUUAUGGGGGAGCCGGCAAUUCAAACGGUGGAGGUGGCAACGGGAACGGUGGUGGCAACAACGGCGGCAACGGAGGAAAUUGGAAUUGAGGAGGGAACAAUUGGAACGGUGGAGGUGGUAACUGGAACGGUGAUGGACAUUGGGGGCAGAAUAAUCGUGGUGGAAAUCAACGGAAUGAUGGCAGCAGCAAUGGGGAAGGCGAUUGGAAGAGGACGGCGCGAUGCUACAACUGUAACCAAAUUGGGCACAUCACCCGAGAAUGCAAUGUGCCUAGACAAGGUGUGCCUCUAUGCUAGUCGACAGAUGGAAAGAGAAGAAAGGAGGGAGGCUGAAGCACGAGAGGCUGAGGAGAUGAAGAAACAGGAGGAACUAGAAAAGUCAGCCAGGGAAACGAAAAAUCGUCUUGAGCUAGCGAAGAAGCAGGCUAAGGAGAAAAAGGAAGUUGAACGAGAGUGGAAGAUGGAGAUGCUGUUAGCAAAGCAGAAGGAGACAUUACGAGAAGAGUUUAAGAGGAUGUUUGAGAAAAGGUUGAAGAACGCAAUCGUGUCCAAUAGAGCCCUCAAGGCGAAGGCCAGGGAAGAUACGAGCUCUGAUGAGGAAGAUCCAUCAGAGGAAAGACUGGAGAAGCGGAAGCGACAACCAGUACCAACCUGUCAAGUUAGCUCUCCUGGUGAAUCCCCAAUGAAGGUGGGUAUUCCAAUGGGGAAGAGCAGCAGCCCCCCAUUAGCGUGUAUCCUGUGCACCAUGAAUGAGUAUCAGUUCCUCACAAGCCUUGGGGCUGAUAGGAAUCUUGUGAGAGGGAUGAGGCUUGUCGAUGACGUAUCAAUCUUCGUCUGGUGCCUGGCGAGGAAUGGUACCAAACGCAGAGGGAUGAGGCUUGUCGAUGACGUAUCAAUCUUCGUCUGGUGCCUGGCGAGGAAUGGUACCAAACGCUACCGUGAAGUGAUGAUGAAGUUCGAUGGUGCUUACGACAAGCAGGUAACACUGAAAGAGACGGAUGAAGGCAAAGGCGCAUGGGAUUUCCUGGGUACAAAGAUCGAGAUAGUCGGGAACAUGGUCUCUUGCCAGAGCUAUCCCAAGAACUACGAACAGGUCUGGGAAGAUGGGGCACUGUCGGAGAAGAAGGAGCUCCUUAGGCAGGCAAAGAUGAAGAUGAUAGCCGAGGAGCAGGCGGUGAAGAAGAAGAAGCUGGAGGAGGAGAUGCAAAGAUUGCAGCAAGAGGAGGAAGAGAGAAUGAGAGCUGCAAAGGAAGAAGAGGUUGAAGAGGAGGAGCAGCUGGAAGAAGAGCCCCUCAGACGAAGAAGAUUAGGGGAAGGAGCCGAAAACAAUGGCAUGAAAGAAGACGAGCCGUGGGUGGAAAGGAGGAUAAGUGAGUGGGUGGCUAAUUUAUCGUUGGGAGAGGAUGAAGAGGCGAUGUUGUAUAUACCCCAGGAGGAGAAGGAAGCAGCAACUAGGGAGAUCAAGGGGACGAGUGAUCCCCUAGAACGCCAGGCCAUAGAAAACAAGAAGAGGUUGGAUUGGAAGUUGCGCCUGGCAAGGGAGACGAAGAGGAGGACGGAGGAAGCCAACAAGAUGGCCAGAGAGGUGGAAAGUUUACAGACGUGUGGACAAGAAGUAGAGGCCCAGCCUGACAUCCAGGCUAAGUUAGAUAAGAUCCUUGGGAGCAUCGAGCUCCUAGGCAGGGCCUGGAUUGAACACCAUCAGUCUGUUAGGGGCCAAGACAUGGCCCUCCACUCCAUCCGUUUUGGUUUUAGGGACUUCGUGCGCGACGUAAUGACUCAUGUCGGGACCGAAGUUAAGAAGUUAAGGUACAGCGCAGAGAAAUUCUGCGCAGGCGCCAAAGUACUGGUCGUUGCAGAGAGUGAAGGGCGCCCCCGCAAAGAGCUUGUCAAGCUCAAGUUCCCUAACUCGUAUGGCGGGAAAAGGGACGAGAAUUUUGAUAACUGGGAGCCAGUAUCAACACGUACAUGUACUUGCAGCUUAUUGCGCCAGAGGAACAAGUCCUCGUGGCCUUCCACGCAUUACAAGACGAAGCGGCCAGUUUUGCUAGGUCCCUCGCGAGCAGCUGAUUGUGAACACAAUAUGGAACGGAUACAGUUGAAGAUGCACUCGCUUGCAUAUGUUCAGCAUGCGUCGCCACUUGCAGGUUCUGCUCUUCACGUUGAUGGGGAGCUGCGACUGCGUCAAGCAAGCCCAGUGAGAUAUGAUUUUGUGCGCUCAAUCUACCUUGUACCGCCCAUCAUGAAUAUUGAUAUCGAUCUCCCAGUUGGAAACAUCACACUCAUGCGAUUGGACGAUAUCUUACGUAGAUAUUCUGACAGGAAUGAGACAACAAUAUACAGCAACCAACAUGCAGUUUGGGAGGCAGGGGCAGGCCCUGACUUCCUUGUUUCUGUUCGAGUUCGGGUGCCACCAUCCGAGACUAUAAUGAACGGUUGCAGCGGCGGCGGCCGCGGCAUAGCUGGAGGCCAACCACAGCAGCGACGGCGAUGGCGACGAAGUCGAGGUGGACGACGACAGCAGCGGCAGCAGCAGCAGGAGGAGGAGGAGGAGGAGGAGGAGCCGCUGCAAGAACAAUUAUGCUGCCGGACUACUGGUAGGCUGUGGCCGUGGCUCUUCCAGGGAAGGUCGGUAAAGCGCCCCAAGCGCCAGCCAAUCAAGCCGUUGGCGCGCUUUACCGACGUCGUCCGGGCGGCGUGCAGCAGCAGCCAAUGGCCGCAACGGUACCUGGCGCCCACGUUAACGAUGUCGACAGCAGGGUCGUUUCGUGCGACGAGUGCGGCGAGCGCCUGCGCAAGGCGGCGGCGACCCUCCUUGUCGUUCUUGUUGCACAAGGUACGACCGGUAGGCUGGUUGCCUGUAAUAUAUCCGGACCGACGGGUUAGUUGCUCGUCGCACAUCCUGGGGCAGCAGUCUGUGCGGCAGCACAGGUCGCCAUUGGCAGGUAGAGUGCUCCGGCAGCGAGGCGGCUGCUGCUGCUGCUGCUAUGCCCACGUGCCAGGCUGCGCAGGAGGCACGUCGAUCCCGUGGCCUGGUCGCUGGUCGGGGCGGCAAUCGCUCGCGGUCAGUCCCCGACGGGACGCAUCUCCUCGUCUAGCCGAUGGUCCUCAUUUCGCGAUAAGAAGAAAGAGAAGAAAGACUCCUGGGCAACUGCCUCCUGCGGCCGCCGGCGGCGGCGGCGGCGGCGGAGGGGGCGGAGGGGGCGGAGGGGGCGGUGGCGGCGCAGUGCAGCUGCAGGAAGAAGAGCAACCACGUGUUAGCUUCUACUUCGAUAUUGUCGACGCGGGUGCGGACGAGCGUGAGCUUCUUCAAGCGGCGGCGCAUUUGCGGUCCCUAAGCUUCUAUAGCUAUCCCAGCGACCGGUCGCGGCUCGCUGCAGAGCAGCACCGGCAGAUGAAGGCUAUGGCGGAGCUAGAGUGCCUGCAGAAGAAGGUCGCUGGAGAAGACAAGGCUUUUCCACGUGUCACAUGUCUGGUCGGCCUUUGUGACCUCAUCGAUCCUCUUCCUCCUCCUCCUCCUCAUCAUCAUCAGCAUCUUGUUUUGCCGGCUCUGCUUCGUGAUGACGAUCAUCUUUAUACCUUUAAUGAUCUUCAUAAUGAUGAUGAUGAUGAUGAUAGGCCAUGGUUGAAGACGAGAGUGAGUUAUGAGGGCAAGCAAUGGUGGACUGUAGGCACGCUGGAUGUCAAUCUUGGCAUAAGACUGCCGGGUGAAGAGCUGAUUGGCGAUUUUCCUAAAGGGGAUGCAGAAGCUGCCAAAACGAGGAGGGCAUACCUAUCCAACGUGUGUGUGGCUGAAUGGUUAAGGAGGAAAGGAGUGGGAGCUAAUCUCAUAGAGGCGGCGGGACACGUGGCACAAAACUGGGGUGUACACGUGUUGUAUGUUCACGUCGUCAGAGACAACCACGCCGCUCGAUCGCUCUACCAUCGCUGCGGCUUUGCCCUGGAGAAAGAGGAGAGUGCUGCCGUGGCCCGCUUGUUGGACAGGCCGCCACGUCUGCUUCUCCGGAAGAUCCUCCCCUCCUUGUCAUCGGCCAUGAGGGCAUACUCGCACUAGGACUUUUUUUCAAUUUCUCUUUCGACGAAAUUGCGGUCAGAUGCAUCCACUCGUGGCCGCAAAAACGG